GGGACAGCUGCCUGAGUCGGUUCUCGCGUUCUACUUCCGGGUCAGGGCCCCAUGGCUGACCGGAAGCGGAGGUGAGACUGGUGGGGGAGGUGACGGCACCGGCAGCGGCGGGUUCCUCCGUGGAGAGAAUUUCAAGGGGGCACGGCAGGUAAGAAAAUCUGUGUUCAUCAAGGUGAAAUAAUAUGAAGCUGCCUUAUGUUUCUUGGCAUUACAAUUUUCAUCUGAUUUAAUUGUUCAUCCAGUUUGGGAACCUUCUCUACAGCCUGAGAUGGAAACAGAGUCAACUAUCCCAAUUUGGCAGAACAAACCCCAUGGCUCAUCACGCAGUGUUGUCAGGAGGAUUGGGACAAACCUUCCUUUAAAACCCUGUCCUAGGGCAUCCUUUGAGGUUCUUCCAAACAUUUCAGACCUGUAUCUAAAUGAUGCACCUCCAGUCCCCACUCUGGCAGAUAUUGCGUGGAUAGCAGCAGAUGAAGAAGAAACAUAUGCUAGAGUCAGGAGUGACACACGCCCACUGAAGUACAAGUGGAAGCCCAGCCCGUUCUUUGUGAUACAGCGAAAUGCUUCCGUCCCCAACUUGAGAAAGCAGGAAGAGAAGCUGCUGGUCUUGAAGAAACCUGGUUUACCGGCCCUUAGUCGGACGACGGAGCUUCAAGAUGAGCUGAGUCUCCUGCGGAGUCAAAUAGCUAAAAUUGUAGCUGCAGAUCCAGCUUCCGCUUCAUUAACGCCAGAUUUAUUAUCUCCAGGAAGUUCAAAUGUAUCUUCUCCCUUACCUUGUUUUGGAUCCUCAUUCCAAUCUACAACUUCCUUUGUCAUUAGUGAUAUCACAGAAGAGGCAGAAUUAGAAAUUCCGGAGCUUCCAUCAGUUUCUAUGCUUUGUUCUGCAACUUCUGAAUGUUGUAAAGCAGAACCAAAGGAUGCUGACGAGGAAGAUUCUGUGUCCCUUUCGAAGGCCAGCAGUUUUGCAGACAUGAUGGGCAUACUUAAAGACAUUCAUAGGAUGAAACAGAACAAAGAUUUGAACCGAACUUUAUUGAAAGAGGAAGACCCGGCUGUUCUUAUAUCAGAAGUGUUAAGAAGAAAAUUUGCUCUAAAGGAUGAAGAUGUAACUAUGAAAGAGAACUGACAUGACACUUUCAUUUAAAUCUGUAAGCAAGUGUGUCGUGCUCCUGAGAUUUUUCUCCACAGUAGCUGCCUUCCUAAGGAUCAAACUUUCAUGCCUCUUUACUAAUUAGAAAUUAUUUCUGCACUGGAAACUUAUUCAAGAAAGCAACUGUGGAUUUGCAGUGUUUUCCAUGUCUCUAAAUAUAUAUAAACCUUUUAAGAAGGAAAUUUUUCCACAUAUUUUGAAGCAUUACUGGUAACAGUGUCUUCUACAGCGUGGUGCGAGUGUUGCUAAAUGAAGUUCUCUUCCUACCUGUGUUUUCCCCAAGGUGACUUUAACUUGAAUCAUUCAUUUUGGCUCAUGAUGGUCUUAUUGCAAUAUGAGUAGCUACUAAUUUAUAAUAUAAAUGGACAUAAAGCAUCUAAUUCUUUCUCUGAUCAGGAGAAGUCGGGUGCAAAGUUAUCAAUGAGAGUAAAUUGCUUCUUCCUUCCAGGCUGUCAGUUUUUAGGAAGUUCUUAUUGUAUUGAGGGUGGUUUAAGAGCUUGCAUUAUUUUUCUCAAAGGAUUCCCUUUCCCUAAAGUUUCUUCCAAUUACUUUCCUGUCCCAUUUAGGACAAGAAAAAUUAAAGUCAAUUAUCAGACCAUUUAACCAAGCCCAAUUUGCUAGACUGGUGUUGGCUGGUGAGUGACUUUUUAAAAUAGUUUGUAAUACCUGAAAGAUCAAAAUAUCCCCAGAAUCACAUUACACGACACUUAUAUCCUGCUCUAAGGUAACUUUUCAAGAAUUCCUUGUUUCAUUAAAAUGAUCUCUUUAGUCAGA